AUGCUACUGCCUGCCGCCGUCGCCAUCGCCAUCGUCGUUCACACAGACGCGGAGAGCGAAGGGUGCUUCACCUUGACAGACCUCUACAACUUCCGCGGCACCGAAAACGACGGGUCGUCCAAGGGCCCCCUCUACAUGCUGGACGGCUCCGGCAGCAAGAUUACGGCUCCGACGUCCGUCACAAAGAAGUGGCUUUUGGAGGCCGAGCUCUACGUCACCAACGGGGCGAUCUUCUACUGCAUCGGGAGCGAGGAGGGGGGCGACUGCGACGAGCUCCGCAUCCAGUCGACCGGUCCGGACGACUGGUACGAGGUGCGCGGGCACGGCGGCAGCAUGUAUUUCAGCCACACCGUGGUCACGUCCUGGGACACCCCGAACAAGCAGCCGCAGGAGACCUACGAGGGCGGCCGGUCCUUCCUCAACUGCGUGUCCGAGAAGCUCACAGGGGAGACGUGCGACGGCAUGGCCAAGAACGACAUGGGGGAGUGCCGCAUGGACAUCAUCAACUCCGAGAUGGGCUACAUGGGCUUCUUCGACUCGGAGUCGUACGGCCUCACCUGGAAGGUGCGGCGGCAGGCAGGGCGCGGUGUUGUCCGCGGUUUCUGCAAGGACCUGUCCAACCCCGACGUGUUCGAGACCACCAACGUCUACGGAGAUAUCAAGAACUCCGACAUCCACCACAUGUACUACGGGCACUACAGCUACGGGCACCAGGGCGGCGUAUGGACCAACAACGAGAUGCACGACAACCACCAGUACGUCGCCAACAACAAGGUGUACAACAACUACAACCACGGUAUCAUCGCCUCCAAGCGCUGCAACAACGUUAAGAUCUACGACAAUCAGGUCUCAGACGGCGGGCCUGAUGCCGUCGGCAUUUUCCUCCACCGCAGCUCCGACAACGCGGAGGUGUAUGGCAACAAGAUCUGGAACAUGCCGGACGCAGGCAUUGCCCUGCUCGAGUCGUUCAACGCGGACAUCCACGACAACGAAAUCGACGGCGUUCAGUUCGGCAUCCGCAUGAGCUUGGGCUCGGGCGGCAACAGCGUGUACGACAACGAGUUCAACGACUGUUCCGACUGGGGACUGUACACUUAUAUGGGGAGUGAUGAGCCGGAUGUCAGCAACGGUCGCCCGAACGGCAACACCUUCAACAACAACAAGGUCACCAACAGCGCGGGAGGUGUCAAGUUCAAGAACUCAGACAACAUCGUCGUUACCAACAACGAAUUCACUGGCACCGAAGAGCUAGAGUUCUACGACGCCCAGGCCACGACGUGGUCGGGCAACAGCCUCCCCUCGGGCGUGUGCAUCGACAACAUCACUUCCGACGACGGGAACAGUGUGCCUCCGAGCACCUUCUCCUCAUCCAGCGGCGUUCCUUCCGAGGAGUGUUAAAUAUGGUGUUUCGACCAAGAUGCGAACACAACAAACAGUGAGUCGCGGCCGGCCGCUUCGAUGCAAACGCUCCCGAGCGGCACUACUCCGGAGGUCGCGGUCUCGUCUCUUUCCCCUCUCUCUCUUUUGCUCUCGCGGAUGGAGAAGAGUUUUUCUUUUUUUAGACUACUUCCGUUGCGAAACGAAGUAAGACCCCACGAAGACUCGGGCGAUUUUUUGUACGCAGGCCCUUCCUCGGGACAUAAGUGUGGUGUCCUCGAAGCCGAUAGCCGGUUGAGAAACUCGAAUUUUGCAGUUAGCUGCGCGCCCGGUUGCUUGGACGCCGCCUCGGUGUUGUAGCCAGCACGCCUGCCUUAGUUUCUAUUCGCCCGGUUGUAGUUGUCCCGUAUAAACGGCGGUUCAGAACACGAAGGAGGACUUGGGAGCAGUCUUGCCCCUACCUCCCUCUGGGUCUGCCAAGCUGGUAGUUUUAAGCAAAGGAGCAUUACGUGUGUGUUCGGUUUCUGUCAGUUGAUACGAAUUACGGCAUGGUGACAUCGACCAAUAUAACGGUUGGUUGUUACUGCCAACAGUUUCUCGCACAAGGGGGGGUGGGAGGCAGUUCAUUGCAGCCAAUAGGACCAGCUGUGCUGCACUGUUCAUACAACGUUGCGGUCGCCUAUACCCUCUGUGCUGGGGGUCAUUGAGCGUGCCAACACACAUUUAUUGAAAAGUCGUUACCGGUGGUCAACGAGGGGGGAGAAAUACGUUGUACGAGUAUUUUCAAGAUGGCGUGAUCUAUUGAUGUCUGCUUGUCAGGUUAGUCUGCCUGGUUUGUUAACUUUCCUGUUGCAUGUAGGAGUAAUUCGCUUUGGUAGGUGUUCUGGAUGUGACUGGUCGUCGUCGGUUCAAGUUUUCGUUCCACCCUUCGCGUGGAACGCUAGAGUGAGGUAGAGGCGCGCGUUCAUCGCCGAGGAGGGCUGGUGGAAAGAUUCGUCCUGGGUGGUGGUGCUCUCUAUCUACUUUGCCAGGCUCAGCUCACGAGAAAAGUCAGGGUCAGCUUGUACAUGCAAGGGCAUGGGGCAUGAUUGUCGUUCCGCAAUUUGAACAUAUUAAUGUCUUCACUAUUACCCAUCCAUGCUGUAUGACUACCUUUACAGCAGUAUUUGGUGUUUUUUGGGGCGACAAUGUUGCCGUUACGUUUGUUUUGAGCAUACCCUGAGACUCGGCCGACGAAUUUCUGCCCGCUGAAUCGUUGUGACCCACCCUUUCCAGUCCAACGAGCAGUACAACCAUGGACAACUCUGGAGGAGGCAGUAUAUAUGAUUCCCACACAGUGUGCUGUGCCUCCCCCGGUGUACGAGAGCAUUGUUAUCCCUCGUGCACAGGCUGCAUGCACGGUGGUGGCGGGUUGUUUUCCCUGCGUGUUCUUGCAACACACGUUCGUUUUUUUUCAUUCUUUCCCAUCUUGAUGAGGGGGGCUGUUUUUCCAGUCCGUGUUGCUUGUUAUCAUCCGCCCGUCGCUCGUCUUGGGCGAGGUUUUCCAACUAUGUGCACGGCGCGCUCAUGUUUUCAUCAUUUCUUUACCUCACAAGGGAUGAACUAUUCGUUGUCGGGGCACGUGUGGCAAGACGCACCUUGUCGAGGAUUGUUUUUGGUUGGCAUACCUUUCCGCUAUUUUUGGGGAGGGGGAUGAAUGGGAGAAAUGUGCGGCAAUCCCGAGGUAGGGAAGCUAGCUGUCCUGAGCUACAAGGGUAGGUAGGUAGGUCUUGGGGGGGAAACGAUGCCACCAAAACAAUGUAAUUGAAUGAAACGUUCCAUUGUAGCAAGUAGCGAUAUUUGCGCGUUGUUUAAAGACAACAAGGGCAACAAACUUCAAACCUGCUGUGUGCCAAUCGGGCCGGACGGCCAGCGGUCCACCAUGUCCAUUAGCCUGGCCAAGGUGUUUUCGUUGCACAGCAGAGGGGAGGCAAUUGGCCCGUGAAUAGCCCAGGCUCGAAGGACACUGGUGUCUUGACAACAAAAACCUUUUCUGCUGCAGCGUGUGCCGAGCCGGUCGUCCAGCCAACGCCUUUACAGCAUCAGCAGUAAGUGUGGAUCUGCUACAUGGUGUCGGAAGGGAGGCAGGCAUGGGAAGAAACACAACGCGGGAAGGCUCGCGCGAAAUCGAAAGCUCGUCUUUUCCCCCCUCUACAACUCGUGACGUGUUAUUGGAACGGGACGAUGGAUCGGACCGGUCGUACGCAUCCGUGAACUACGCACCGGAAUAAUCAAAGGUUGUUCCGGAUCCACGACAGACACGGCCCAUGAGACCGACCAAAACCAGGCAACUUUUAUCUUGAUGGGAGCACGCUACGCAUGUCAGCACGGCGAACAGAGGUUGGUACGUUCCGCACAACAAUAGCCCCGAUGGACCUCCUACCUGGCUGCACAGCAAAAAAAAAGAAGGGACACCGUCAACACCCGGCCAGAAAUACACCGAUCACCCGGACGCCAGCCUCGUGAAACCGACUUCAGUUCUUUGGGAACGUCAACUCUGGAUGGACCCGACCUCGAUGCAUUCUUCACGUAAUGUCAUAAAGCGGAGAAACGAAAAACAAACAAAUCUUCAGCCUGGGUACUCAUACCAACGAGAGGGAGAGAGCAGGCCGUGGGCGUUCAUCAUCAGACUUCACAAUCCCCAACAUUCUUGCCUUUUAGUGCAGACAGCCGUGAAAAAUGAGCAAGAGCCCCAAGACAAGCUACUAGCAAUAGCGAACCCCGCCGGACUCACGUCGUCACCAACAAACCGCCAACGCAAAGAGGCCGAUCCCACCAAAGCCGCCAUACGGUUGCUAGCCAAAAAAGAAAAACAAGGACCGUCCAGCAGCUGUUGCAAACUCGCUAUUGAGCGGCAGAAGCCGAAAGGGUGCGAGCAGCAACAACAGCAGC